UCACUUGCAAAAUCACACUUUACAUUUUUUAUUGGUUUGUUUUCUUUCGUCUAUUCUUUCAAUUCAAUUCAACCUUACACAUUCGGUCGUUGGAAUCCACAGCUAGCACUUUUAAAGCUCCCACGCACACGCACACACACAUCUACACUCAAUGGUCAAAUCGACAAUAAUUGCGCGCGUAACGGAUGGGUUGCCCCUAGCGGCAUCGAUGGACGAUGAGCAGGCCGAGUCAGAGCUUUCUGGGUACAAGUCGCAGGCAAAGGCAAUUUUCAAAAAGCUAAACUCACAGUCCGAGCCAAUGUGCUCGAUCGAAUCCGGUCCAUACUAUCUGCACUACCUGCUGGACAAGGGUGUUUGCUAUCUGUGCAUCUGCGAAAGGUCUUUCCCGCGCAAGCUGGCUUUCAGCUACAUGGAUGAGCUCGCAAAAGAGUUCCACAUGAGCUACGGCAGCGAGGUAGAGAAGACUAACUUGCGUCCAUAUGCAUUCAUCAAGUUUGACACCUUUAUCCAAAAGACCAAGCGCAUUUACGAGGACUCGCGGACGCAGCAGAACCUGUCCAAGCUCAACGAGGACCUGCGCGAUGUGACACAGAUUAUGACCAAAAACAUGGAGGAUUUGCUGUGGCGUGGCGAUAGCCUGGAUCGCAUGAGCUCCUUGUCUGACCGCUUGCGUGAAGACUCCAAAACAUUCCACAAGAAGGCGUGGCGGGCUAACCUUGAAUUGCAGAUCCGCAAGUAUGGUGUGCCGGUGGCAAUCGUCUUGGGCUUCUUUUUGAUCAUAUAUCUGCGGUAUAAGCUGUUCUAGCCUGCCCCUCCCUCUACGCACCCGCUGCGCAUCCGGCUCCAGGUUGCCAGCCACACGCAUGCGAGCACAGCGAUUGGAUUGGCUUCUUUUAUUUUGUUUGGUUGAAAAAGUUUAUAGUCGCAAGCUGACAGGUUGAAGAUCAUAUGCGGAGAGCAACAUUUGGGACCCAGGCAGGCAAUCUGCUACGUCAUUUAUUCUCUUUGCUCCUUUUUGAAUCGCACUGGCGAAACAGUCUUUGCAAGAGCUGGGCGAAAACCCCGUGGACAACAUUCGUUUCUUUUUCACUUUUCAUUUUUUG